UUUUGCAGUAGAGCAAUGAGCAACAUCUUGUGGAAUAUUUUCGGUCUCGUUGUGGCCAUUGUGGCCCUAAAAAUGAAUGUGGCACAGGCUACAGAUUAUUGUAAAAAAACCUGCGGUGGCACCAAGAAUAUCGGUUGCGACAACAGUGGGGCCUGGGGCUCCAGUUGUCCCAGUGAUGCUGCCUUAGUUUCACUCAGUGCAGCAGAUAAGGCCGCCAUUGUGUCGAGAACGAAUGAAUACCGUAAUUUCAUUGCCGGCGGUUUGAAUUCAAAUCUAAGUGCCGCCUGUCGUAUGGCUACGAUCAAGUGGAACGAUGAAUUGGCCAAUCUGGCUGCUCUCAAUGUCCGCAGUUGUUUGAUGGAACACGAUGGCUGCCAUAAUACCGAUGCCUUCGAUUGGUCUGGACAGGAUUUGGCCUGGAUGAGCUGGUAUUCACCAUUGAAUGUCACCCAUUAUGUGCAAUGGGGUGUCGAUAUGUGGUACGGUGAGCAUGUCUAUACCAAACAGGCCUAUAUCGAUGCCUAUCCAACGAAUUACAAUGGUCCGGUUAUUGGACAUUUCACUGUAUUGGUCUCAGAUCGUAAUACGGAUAUCGGUUGUGCCGCUUCCACCUUUUCGGUGAGUGGAAAAUCCUAUAAGGGUUUCCUCAUGGCCUGCAAUUUUGCUGCCACCAAUGUUGUCGGCAUCAAAAUGUACAGCUCGUGUCCCAACAAACCGGCCUCCAAAUGCACAACGGGCACAAAUUCCGACUACAAAUAUCUAUGCAGUGCCAAAGAGGUUUACGAUGUCAAUAAUUUGUUCUACUAAAAAUAUCAACAGUAUCAUAUAGCUCAAUGUUAUAUAUAAUGCAGUAAAUGAACUAUAUUGCAUCUACUUAAACUUCCGCUAAAGAGGAGAAAAAAAAGCAAAACAAAACCAUGAGUAAAUAAAAACAAUAGGAGAAUUUAUGAAUCAACGGCAAGUUUUUAUGGACUCUCUGUUAGCAUAUAUAAAGAUAAGAUAGAGGAACACAUGUAAACACACAAACAGCAACCGCAUCGCUGUAUAGACCUUGUUUUGCAGAGGUCUUAACAAAACCAAAAAACAAUGGCCAAGCUCUCUUGGCCCAGAGGCCAACAUACAAACAUAUAUAGAAUAUAUAGAACCGACCUACCCACAUAAGAUAAGCCAUCUCCUUAUAAAAUGCAUAAUGUGUAUUAUAUCGUGACACGAUAGGCAGGCACGACCAACACGAUGUAUAACAAAUUUCUUCAAAUUUAAGCCUUGUGAGUUCGAUUAUCGAUUUGAUUGCCAUAAAGGUUAGCAAAUAAUAAAAACUAAUCAUUUUUUGAAAA